UAUAUUAUAUUAUAUUAUAUUAUAUAUCAUAUUAUUAUUUUCGUAUACCACGAUCUCGAUUCGUGUGUAAUAUGUUAUAACUCUGCGGAACGAUAUUUUUGCAGUCGAUACCGCCUAACGCCCUCCUCCUCUCCCCCGUACGUUUUUAUUCGUUUUUUUUUUUUUUGCAUAAAACACGCACAAUCGGUCAUUUCACUAUAUUAUUAUCUCGCCGCACAGUACGUUUCACGCGCGCCCAUAUAAUCGGAAUACAAUAUAUUAAAUCGUGUAAUAAUAUUAUAUUAUAAUAUAUACAUCGAAACCGCACCGUUUGCAUACCUACCGUCGUGUCGUUCAGAUACCUACCUAUACCAUAAUUAUGACACCUGUUAUUAAAAUAAUAAACAAAAAUAAUUUAAAUAUAUCUCCGUUAAAUUUAAAUGAAAAUAUGAUUUAUUUCAAUAAUGAUUUUCAUGGUCAAGAGCCUACAAUACCUAUACAAGGCUGUUUAAACGUUAAUAUAAGUAACGUAUCAGCUAGUUUUAAUGUGAAAUCGCAUUUAAAUCUCAGACACUUGGCAUUGCAUGGUCAUAAUGUAGAGUAUAGACGUGAAAAAGCGAAACUGAUAAUGAAGUUACGUAAGCCAAGUACUACAGCAAAUAUAUGGUCGAGUGGGAAAAUAGUUUGUAUUGGUUCAGCAUCUGAAAAUGAUUCAAAAAUAGCUUCAAAACGUAUUGCUAGGAUUAUUCAAAGACUGGGCUAUGCUGAAGCCAAAUUUAGUGGUUAUAAAAUUGUCAAUGUUCUUGGUUCGUGUAGCUUACCAUUUUAUAUCAGAAUUAUACAGUUUUCCGAAAAAUACAAAUCAGAUUCUCAGUAUGAACCUGAGUUACACCCUGGCGUCACUUACAAAAUUAAAGAAAUUAAAGCUACAUUAAAAAUAUAUUCUACUGGUAGCAUAACUGUAAAUGCUCCGAGUGAAGAAAAGGUUAAACUUGCCAUUGAACACAUAUAUCCUUUAGUAUUACCAUUUGGGCGAAACAAGAUAUUGGAUGAUAAGUGUCUUGUAGGAGUGACUGGAGGAAUCAAUUACCGUGAACAAAAUACUAGAAUAUUGCAAUCCACUAGUCAUUUGCCCGUGUUAUAUCAUAGCCCCGUUGGAGAAUUAAUUAAAAAUUGGCAACUAAACACUUUCGUACCUACAGUAGACAAAAAUCAUGAUAUUUUAUUAAACUACACUGCGUAAACUCUUACACUUUUCAAUGUGAUCACGCCUCAAAUCACAAUCAUUGUUAAUUAUUAUAAUAUUACGUUAGAAAUUAAUAAAGAUAAUUAUAAAAUUUACAAUAA